AUGCAUGCUGUAUGUGUUGCGCGAUUGAAUGCUAAUCGCUGCAUCAUACCUGCUUCUAGAUUAUUAAUCCAAUGCCACCGUAACGUUGACAUUAAAAACCACCGUUUCUAUUCCAUGGGGAAUAAAGAAGAUAGCCCAAAUAAUCAACCACCUAGUAAACCGUCUCAAAGUACUGGAACUAUUGUUAAAGCAACAAACACAACCAAUAAACCCUCUUUAUGGUCUCGUGUGAAACAUGAAGCUCGACACUAUUGGGAUGGGACCAAGUUAUUGGGCUUAGAGAUUAAAAUAUCUGUGAAGUUGGCCCUUAAGAUGUCAGCAGGAUAUGAAUUAUCUAGAAGAGAAUUACUUCAGUUGAAGAGAACCACCAGAGAUGUUAUUCGUCUAGUCCCAUUUAGUGCGUUUGUGAUAAUUCCAUUUGCUGAAUUACUAUUACCAAUUGCUCUAAAGUUGUUCCCAAACUUAUUACCUUCGACGUACGAAUCUAAAACAGCCAAGCAGACAAAGUUGGAAAAUUUGAGGAAAACAAGGGCUGUCAUGUCUGAGAUUAUCAAGGAGAAGAAGUCUCACUUCAAGCCCCGUAAUAUUACAGACGAACAAAAGAUGGUUUUCAAUCGCUUCUAUAAGCAUGUAAGGGAAGCUGGUGAACCUGAAUCUCGUGAACAAUUGAUUAAAGUUGCUCGUCUUUUUACCGAUGACACUGUGUUAGAUAAUUUGACCCGUCCACAUUUAGUGGCCAUUUCCAAAUACAUCAACCUACAGCCCUUUGGCACCGAUGUUAUGCUCCGUUAUCGUAUUCGUUAUAAAAUGUUGGAAUUGAAGAAGGAUGAUUUUGCACUAUACUAUGAAGGUAUAAACUCUUUGGAUUCGAAUGAAUUGCGCACUGCUUGUGCUUCUAGAGGUAUUAGAAGUGUUAAUGUAGAUGAAUCGGUUUUACGUGAAAAUUUAGAUAUCUGGUUGAAGUUGAGGUUGAAGGAUAAAAUUCCUUCCACUUUGUUACUUAUGGCCACUGCUUACACUUAUGGUGACAUUGGGUCCAGAAAAUCUCUAUACGAUGCCCUUUGUGACGUUUUGAGCGGCAUCCCUGAUGAAUUAUACCACGAAGUGAAGGUGAAUGUCGUCGAAGAAGACAAAGCCACCAGCAAGUCUAAGAUGGUGCAAUUGAGAGAGCAGGAGGAGAUAAUGAAAGAAGAAGAACAACAAGAAAGAGAUGCUGUUGUCAAGGUUAGAGAUCAAUUGAGCUUAGAUGAUGUUGAUAAUCAAGCUGAUGACAUGACAUUGAAAACUGCAAAUUCCACUCAUGAAGAAGACCAUUCUUCCGAUGCGAAGACUUCAGAGUCGAACAAGCCUUAA